CGAGGCGCAGACAUGUGUGGAAUUUUUGCCUAUCUGAACUACCAUGUGCCACGGACUCGCCGGGAGAUCCUGGAGAUCCUCCUCAAAGGCCUGCUCCGUCUCGAGUACCGUGGCUACGACUCUGCCGGUGUUGGAAUUGAUGGAGGGAACGGCAAGGAAUGGGAGGCCAAUGCCCGGUCUAUUCAGCUGAUCAAGCAGAGCGGAAAAGUGAAGGCUCUUGACGAUGAGAUCACCAAGCAGCAGGACAUGGAUAUGGAUGUGGAGUUUGAUGUCCACCUUGGCAUCGCCCACACUCGCUGGGCUACCCAUGGUGCCCCCAGCCCUGUCAACAGCCACCCACAAAGGUCUGACAAGAGCAACGAGUUCAUUGUCAUUCAUAAUGGAAUUAUCACAAACUACAAAGACCUGCGGAAAUUCCUGGAGAGCAAGGGUUAUGAGUUUGAGUCCGAGACCGACACAGAGACCAUUGCCAAGCUGGUGAAGUACAUGUAUGACAACCGUGAGAGUGAAGACCUCAGCUUUGCUACUCUGGUGGAGAGAGUGACCCAGCAGCUGGAGGGAGCUUUUGUCCUGGUCUUCAAGAGUGUCCAUUACCCUGGGGAGGCAGUAGGCACUCGGAGGGGAGGUCCUCUGCUUAUUGGGGUGAAAAGUGACCACAAGCUGUCCACAGAUCACAUUCCUAUCCUGUACCGAUCAUCCGGUAAGGACAAGAAGGGCUGCCCCACCCUGCCCAGGAUGGAGCAGGACACCUGCCACACACUCUUCGCUGAGGACAAGAAGUCUGUGGAGUACUACUUUGCCUCUGAUGCCAGCGCGGUGAUUGAGCACACCAACAGGGUGAUCUUCCUGGAGGAUGAUGACGUGGCAGCGGUGACGAACGGACGACUCACCAUCCACCGCAUCAAGCGUACAGCCGGAGACCACCCUGCCCGCGCCAUCCAGACCCUACAGAUGGAGCUGCAGCAGAUCAUGAAGGGUAACUACAGCUCCUUUAUGCAGAAGGAGAUCUUUGAACAGCCAGAGUCUGUGGUCAACACCAUGAGAGGAAGGGUCAACUUUGAUGACAACACGGUAAUCCUGGGUGGACUGAAGGAUCACAUUAAAGAGAUCCAAAGGUGUCGACGGCUCAUCCUAAUCGCCUGUGGCACCAGUUACCAUGCUGGGGUGGCGACUCGCCAGGUACUGGAGGAGCUGACUGAGCUGCCUGUUAUGGUGGAGCUGGCCAGCGACUUCCUGGAUAGAAACACACCAGUGUUCCGUGACGACGUCUGCUUCUUCAUCAGCCAAUCAGGUGAGACAGCAGACAGCCUGAUGGCCCUGCACUACUGUAAGGAGAGAGGAGCCCUGACGGUGGGCGUCACCAACACAGUGGGCAGCUCCAUCUCCAGAGAGACCGACUGUGGGGUGCACAUCAACGCUGGGCCAGAGAUAGGAGUGGCCAGCACCAAGGCCUACACCAGUCAGUUUGUGGCCCUGAUUAUGUUUGCGCUGUUGAUGUGUGAUGACAGGAUCUCCAUGCAGCCACGGCGACGUGAGAUCAUCCAGGGCCUGAGGGUUCUGCCAGACCUGAUCAAGGAGGUGCUGAGUCUGGAUGAUGAGAUCCAGAGACUGGCCGCAGAGCUGUACCAGCAGAAGAGUGUUCUCAUCAUGGGCCGAGGCUACCACUACGCCACCUGCUUGGAGGGAGCACUGAAAAUCAAGGAGAUCACGUACAUGCACUCAGAGGGCAUCCUGGCUGGGGAGCUGAAGCACGGCCCUCUGGCCCUGGUCGACAAACUCAUGCCCGUCAUCAUGAUCAUCAUGAGAGACCACACCUACACCAAGUGUCAGAACGCACUUCAGCAGGUGGUGGCCCGCGCGGGCCGACCCAUCGUGAUCUGUGACAAGGAUGACUAUGAGACUGCCAAGUGCUCAAGCCGCACCAUCAAAGUGCCGCACUGUGUGGACUGUCUGCAGGGUGUUCUGAGUGUCAUCCCCCUGCAGCUGCUCUCCUUCCACCUGGCUGUGCUCAGGGGCUUUGAUGUGGAUUUCCCAAGGAACCUGGCCAAGUCUGUGACGGUAGAGUGAAACAGGCCAUUUGAAGCCCCAAAAACCCAUUUCACCUCACAUGCAUACAUGCAUACAUACAUGCAUACACACACACACUACGCAGGAACAGCUGUCACAUGGAUACCAAGAGAAGCAGAGAGAGCACACUUUCCUGUUUUAUAUGUCUUGUGUUAUAUUUUUAUGCAAUUGUUACUCUUGUACUCUAAGCAUUCUGUAUCACUGUCACUUCUCUCAAAACACAUUUGAAGGCAUUGUUAUGAAUUGUAUUGUUUGUUUUUUUGUCAAGUGUGGUAAGGUAAGGGUUGGCAGUAAUGUUGUCAUUUAGAAGCUCACAUCGGUUACUGGAGUGUAUGCAGUUAAUGAUCCAACUAAAAGAAAGACGGGGGGAAAAAAUCUAUUUUCUAAAGGAAAGACGGAGCUAUUUUGGAUGAUACCCAACAGUGCUCAUAGCUGAAAUGUGCACAUCUUUUCAAUGUUGAGUACUUGCAGCUGUUUUUUCAGUUAAUUCAGCUGUUUGUUGGCUGAAGUUAAGAGUCUCUAUAUGAAAAUCUUACUGAAGUUACUGGUUCUUUUGGUGUUUCAUUGGUGCAAUGAUUUUUGGUCUAUUGAGAUCCGUUUUCUUUGGCAGCUAGAACAUCUAUAACCGUCAUUUGAAAUGUUUCUGUUACUUUUGUGUAUGUUGAGUGAAGUCUUAAAUCAUUCCGAGUCAUAUUGUAGUCCUGACUCUAAAGCUGAAGUGCUUCCAGGAAGAAAGUGUCUGUUAAGUCAUGCUUUAGUCUACUGACCUGUUCCAGAGGCUAUUGAGAACUCCCACGUUGUUUUCCUCCGAAUGCCAUAAUGACAAAUUAUUUUUCAUUUGUAACUUGUAAAAGUUUUGAAUGUUUUAUAGUACAAUAAGAAACUUGUAACAUACUUCCUUGUGUAUACUAUUCUGUAACGUUUCUUAGUUUUUAGUCAUUGGUUAGGUUACAAAAGCAACUUGCAGUGAUACACUCCUUGUGGUUUGGCAGACCUCCUAUAGGAUAGUUAACAAACUCUUGCCUAAACCAUGUUGAGCAUCUGAAUGAUUGACUGUCCUGCCAUAAUAAUCAUGCUUUUAAAAUUCUAACGGCUACUGUGUCUGAGUGACAUGAUUUGAAUCAUUUACCCAAUCAUUUGAAAGAUGGCACCGUACAAUGUUAGAAAUCUACAAUGAAGACUAGUGAAAUGAUCACUUAUCUCUAAGCCUAUAGGUUACUGUCAUUGUGACUUGGUGGAAGUGUAGCAAUAUUCAAAACUCUUCAAUUUCACUGGUCUUGUUGACCUAUUUUCUGCCUUGUUGCUGAGGCGGCUCACUUUGGGUCUCUGGUCUACAAUAUAACUCUAAAUAGAACAAAAAUAACCAAGUGAAAUGAAGUUGCUGCUCAGAGCACAAUUUGCACCAACAUUUUGCCUACCCCAUGCCCUGCCGCCAUACUGAUUUUAAUUGCAAUAUUGGGACCAUUUUUUUUUUUUUUUUCUUACUUUCUAUUAAUUUGUAUGUUUCUCAUUUUGUUUACUUGGUAGAAAGCUUUUUUUUAUAUAUUAUUGAAAUUAUUAUUUGAUCUGAAUGUGACUGACGUUCGAGAUGUCCCCUGUACCCAAAAAAGGUCACUGUAUUUUACAAUCGGUUAUGCAGUCAGAAACCAAAACACCUUUUCUAUGUUCAUUUUGCUUUGAGUAACCAAAGGUAUGGUUUUAGAGAAUGUUCAUAGGGGUUUGUGUGUACUGUAAGUGGUCUGUCCAGAAGAGGCCUACAGGGCAGUACAGCAAGCUUGUUAAAAUAUGUAGCUGCUAUUUUAGAUGGAACUCAACAUGUCAGCUGUGUGCUCUCCCAAAUGUCUAAUAAAUGAGUCUUUAUAAACCAA